AUGCUGAGGCGGGAGAUGAAGCCAGAAAGUGACAGGCCCCGGAAAGUCCGAUUUCGGAUCGCGUCGUCUCACAGCGGGCGAGUUCUGAGGGAGGUGUAUGAAGACGGCCGGCCAGCGGGCUCUCUGGAUUCUGAAUGUGCCAGUAUCUGUGGCAUAGAUGGGCUCCGUGAGUCUGAUGGACGGCGGAACGGCCACAUAGGACCGGAAGGUGACGAGCGGGAGAAUGACCAGGAUAACUUGCUGGUGUUGGCCAGGGCGGCCAGCGAGAAGGGGUUUGGGACAAGAAGAGUCAACAUUUUAAGCAAGAAUGGCACAGUCAGAGGCGUUAAAUAUAAAGUCAGUGCUGGACAAGCUCUGUUCGACAAUCUGAGCAAAGUGUUACAGCUUCUGGAGGCUGUGCCUUUUUUGGCCAUGGUGUUGCAUCACUGUGACCUCAGCUUCCACUGUUAA